GCAAGACAAAGGAAAAGUUAAUACAAUGAAUGAAAGCCACCAGAGUCACGUGUGUCACACAUGCCAUGCAGUAAGUACGAGUCUGUCUGCCAGACAUCCAUCCAUCCAUCUCACAGGCCAGGCUCCAUCCAUUCACACACACACAGCUGGGAAGGGCAUGCAUUGGAUGGAUGUACGCCUUAUGCACAAACAACCGCUGACAGACAGACAGGCAUGAGAGAGAGUCCUCAGUCAGGGACACGCUCGUAAGAGCGAGCAGACCAGUGGCGUAGAUCAGUGGACGUGACGCCCACACACAUACCGUCACAGCGACAGAAAAAUGGCUCUCACACAAGCCAAGCCAUCGGCUUGCACCCACCCAUCCCGUCAGUCAGCAUCACCGACCUCAGCCCGGUCAGAACUCAUGUGGGAGGUACUUGACGAAGCACACAAGGCUGGCCUUGUCGACAAGAUCACACUCAGCGAGCGUCUUCAUCUUGUCCUCGGUGAUCUCCUUUCCCUUCCACUGGCACUGUAUGCGGCUCUUGGGGAUGCCGCCCUCCCACUUGAGCUUGUCAAGCAUCGCAUCCACCGUCAUGUCCCUGGUCAAACCCUCCAAAGUGAUGGUCUUCUUGCCGCACCCGAAGUAGGUGUUGAAGGACACGCACAUCCGCUCCCUUGCGCUGCUGGGUUGGGCAGAGUCAUUGCGGGGAGGCGCUUGUGAUGCUUGAGGAGCCGCAUCGGAUAAUGAUUGGCGUUGACCCAUCUCUGCUCUCUUCGCAACUCUGCUUCGCAGACGUCCAUCAAGCACCUCGAGCCCUCGAUGACGAAACAAAGAGCGUUGGAUAUCCUUUUCUGUUGGAUGGGUUAAGA